CGAAUGGACAAUUUUAUCCCGUUAUAUUUCAUAAUUCCGUUACUCAGUAAAGUGAUUAGUAUUAGUUUUGGUAAUGUUGCGACGACAUUCUAGUCUGCACGAGUUUGACGUUCAAGUAAGGGCAAAAUAACUACGAUGCUAAACAUAUUAGAAUUUAUUUUCCUAAGUUUGGCAUUUACAGUUACGUUCACAGGAGUUUUAAUUUCAAAAUACGAAAAUCAUUUGCCCGCGUUUGUAAUAAAAGGCUAUAAAUAUGGUAAUUUUGCUUACCAAGGCUCUGGUGGGAAUUUCCUACAAAUUAUAGAAAUUCCUAAAGCAUAUUAUCGACAUUUUUACCUAUUUUCGUCAGUACUGAGUGUGUUCACAUUGGGGUAUAUGUUUGUGGUAUAUUACUUCGACUGUGGUGUCAGCAGAUAUAUACAAUUUGUAUUGAAGCUUUUAUUAGAACAACAUGAACCAUCAGUGUCGGUCACGGCAGCCAUCAUUGCAAUGUGUCUCCUCACAAUGCAAUGCAGCAGACGUUUAUACGAAACAUAUUUCUUGCAAGUAUUCGCCAAGUCCAGUAAAAUGAAUCUGAGUCAUUAUUUAGCUGGUAUCAUACAUUACUUUGGAUGUAUAGUCACCGUUUUUGGACAGGCACCUUUGGUUCUAGACACACGACCUAAAGAAAAAGUAAACUGGACGGACACAUACACAACAAUACUCUCCGUGCCUUGUGUACUCGUAUUUCUCUGGUGUUGGCAAGAACAAUUAAAAACAAAUAUUAUAUUCGCUAACAUGCGUAAAGACAAGAAGAGUGGCAAAGUGGUAACUGAAGACCAUGGGAUACCACACGGGAGAAUGUUCGAGAAGGUUUCCAGUCCGCAUAGGUUGUGUGAAGUGAUCAUGUAUACUGUUCUGGUGCUGUUGAUACCCACUAAAACUUUCUUCUGCAUUUAUUUGUGGGUUUUAGGCAAUCAGAUCCAAACGGCGAUCCAGGCUCACGAAUGGUAUAAGAAGACGUUCAAGAAUUAUCCUGUUAAUAGACACGCUAUAUUCCCUGGUGUUUUAUAAGACUCACUUUUUAUUUCAGCUAAUAAUAAUAUUAAGUUACAAAUAAUAUUUACUUACAUUUAGAUCACUUAAAGCUUGAAAUGCACUGAGAGCGGGUGCGGGUCGGGCCGCGGGUCGUGUGUUGU